GUUUUUAGUGUGGUCCAUUGUUUUUUGAUAUGAGUUAAAACAACAAUGAAAUUAUAAUACCAUAUUGUGAAACCAUUUGCAUUUUUCUAAAUUGUCUUGAGUUGUAUUUACUUAUAAGUGGCGAAUGUAGCAGUAGCCGUUAUGGAUCCACAAGCUAGAAUGAUGAUGCAAACUGAAGAUGCAAGAUUUUUAAAACGAAAAGUUAAAGGUGGAAACAUUGAUGUGCAUCCGACUGAAAAAGCAAUAAUUGUAAAUUAUGAGGUUGAAGCCACCAUUCUUGGGGAGCUGGGGGACCCAAUGCUGGGUGAAAAGAAAGAAUGUCAAAAAGUUAUUCGCCUUCGGAGCUUGAAUGAGACAACAGACAUAGCAGCUCUUGCACAAGAGGUCGUUGAACGAUGCAAACUUAUUCAUAUCUCCAAACUUGCUGAAGUGGAACAACUUCUCUAUUACCUUCAAACCAGGAAAGAGACAGGAAAACCACCUCCUGAAAAAGCAGCAAAGGGAAAGAAAUCUUUGCAAGGUCUUCUUGACCCUACACCUGAGUUUCUGAACGACAGCAAUCUUCUUGAGGGAGAACAACCCAGCAUCAACUGUAUUGACGAUUAUAUUGAAUUACUUUAUGAGGAUGUCCCCUCCAAAAUUAAAGCUUCAAGCAUGCUUCUCAGACUAACAAGGAAUCCAGACAAUUUGGAAGAAAUGAUUCAGCAUGAGACAGUGUUAGGAGCCUUAACUCGUGUGUUACGUGAAGAUUGGAGGAAAAGUGUUGAGUUAUCAACCAACAUCAUGUAUGUCUUUUUCUGCUUCUCAACUUUCACACAAUUCCAUCCUGUCAUUGCAAAGUAUAAGAUUGGAGCACUGUGCAUGUCAAUAGCUGAGCAUGAGUUGGCAAGACAUGAAACUUGGAAAGAAGACGUGGAAAAAAGGCGACAAGCUAUAAGUGGUGAUAAAAGUGAUGCAACUGCUGUAAAGGAAUUUGAAAAGGCACAGAAAAAAUACCAAGGGCUUGUUAAGAAACAAGACCAGCUCUUAAGAGUUGCUUUCUAUCUUCUUCUUAACUUGGCUGAAGAUUCAAGAGUUGAAGUGAAGAUGAAGAAUCGAAACAUCGUUGGAAUAUUGAUGAAAGCGUUGGAAACUCGGGGCAAUCUUGAACUUGUUAUUCUUAUCAUCUCCUUUCUUAAGAAACUCAGCAUAUUUCUUGAAAAUAAAAAUGAGAUGUCACAGCAAGAUAUUAUCGUAAAGUUGCAACCUUAUGUGUCAUGUGACCACGAUGCUUUGUGCAACUUGACCCUUCGUUUGUUGCUCAACCUCACGUUCGAUGCCGAGCUGCGACAGAAAAUGGUGGAAAAUGGUUUUCUUCCCAAAAUAGUUUCUACAUUAGACAACCCCUUUCAUUGUACGAUAAGCAUUUGUGUUCUCUAUCAUCUAACUUUUGAUGACAAAACAAGAUCAAUGUUUUCAUACACUGAUUGUAUACCAAAGCUCAUGAAAAUGAUUAUUGAAUCACCUGAAGGUCCCGUGAAUGUUGAGGUUGCCGCACUUUGUAUAAACCUCGCAACCAAUGCAAAGAACACAGAAAUUAUCUUGCAAUGUGCUGGUGGGGCUUUCCUCAAACAACUGGUUAGACGAACAUUUAAAUUUAAAGAUGCUUUGCUUAUGAAGAUGCUGCGUAACAUGUCACAGCAUGGACCAAACAUAAAGAGAAAAUUUGUAGAAUUCAUCGGACAAUUCGCUGGUGCUGUUAAGAAGGGUUUUGAUGAAGAUUUGUUAAUUGAAUGUUUAGGAACACUUGGAAAUCUUAACAUGGAAAAUAUUAAUUAUGAAGCAAUUCUUAAGAAGUAUGAAUUAUUACCUUUUCUGCAAAAGACUUUAAGACCAGGUCAUGUUGAAGAUGACUUGGUUUUAGAAGCUGUGGUUUUAAUCGGAACAAUAUCUACUGACAGCAGCUGUGCAGAAAUCUUAGCAGAGUCAGGAAUCAUUCAAACUUUGAUUGAAUUAUUAAAUGUUAAACAGGAAGAUGACGAGUUAGUUUUGCAAAUUGCUUAUGUGUUUUAUAAGAUGAUAUGGCACGAGGAAACCAGGAAAGUUAUCAUAACGCAAACCCAGGCACCAGCCUAUUUGAUUGAUUUGAUGCACGAUCGAAAUGCUGAAAUACGAAGAGUUUGUGAUAACACAUUGGAUAUCAUAAUGGAAUACAAUGAAGAAUGGGGAAAAAGAAUAAAGUUGGAAAAGUUUCGUUGGCACAACUCCCAGUGGAUUGAGAUGGUGGAAACGCAACAGCAAGAUGAUGAUGAAGAUGAUAUGUAUGAUCUUCCAUAUCUCCGUGACGAUGACCUUCUACUUUACGAGCCAAACUUUGAUGAAGAUGUACUCAUGGACAACAAUGCCCUGAAGCAAGAAUUUCUUGAGCAAGAAGCAUUGAGAAAUGGUCUCACUGCCCAUAUGGUUCCAUCAGGCUAUCCUGCAUAUUUAGACGAGUAUGACCCAGACCACGAACCACAAUUCAUGACUCCUGAAGACAUGCAGGCAUAUUAUGAAGCACAAGCUUAUGGUAGACCCGGAUCUCCUGAAUAUGGUUCAUACCAUGAUCAGUACUGACCAUAAGAGCCAGCAAUAUGGUAGCUCGAAGCAAACUUGAUUCUGUAAUCAUAUACAAGAAAAACAACAUGUUCAAGUUUUCAACUCAUAUGGUGCACAGUAUGACUAUAAAGAUAUGAUUUUGUAAACAACAUACUAUCAUUCUAAGCAGCAAUUUUUGUGUGUCUUCUUUUUCAUAUUGUAAGAGUUAAAUUCGUGCUAUAGUUUUAUUAGUGGAUUCACUGUGAGUUAAAUAUAUAUUGAAGAACAAUGUUUAGCAAAGAGUUUACGACCUUGAACCUUUGGUAUCAAUAAAUGUUGUCGUAAUGUGUAGAA